AUGCCUCACUUCAAGGAAGGACAGCGAGUCAACUACAAGCCUGUCGGCGGACCAAACUCUAAUACCAACAAGAGUACUGGCGUGAUUCACAAUGUCUGCACCUCAAAGUCUAGUUUGACCGGCCGCAUCGUGGAGGCAUCGGAAACAGAGCCGUGCUACGAGGUCGAGAAUGUGAACACACACAAGAGAUCUGCCGUUAAAGAGAAGAACAUCAUUGGGCCCGCCGAAUGA